UUUCCCAGUGAGGGACUGUUUUAACUGGAUUCCGUGCUGACGUAUGUCAGUGUUAUAUCUUGCGCCAGUGAUCUCAACGACAUAAUUUUCAGGGUGGAGGAAAAAAAGAAAUGAUUAGACGAGAAGCUCGGUUACGUCUUGAGUAUGUUUAUCGGAAAAGUUUGGAGGAGAAACAACGGUUAAUCGAUGAGAAACGACAAACUGUGAAGAAAUACGUAGAUGAAAACAGAGCUAUACCGACACACUUGAGAAAGGAUGCCAUUGAUUUACAACAAGACGCUGAAUGGGGAGGGGAAGUUUCAGCUAUCGAUGAUGAGUAUCGCUACGCUGGAGCGGCAGACCCAAAAGUUGUAUUAACAACUAGUCGUGAACCUUCAGCCAAACUUAAAAUUUUUUUGAAAGAAAUGCGGCUGAUGUUUCCAAAUGCCCAACGCAUCAAUCGAGGUCAUUAUGAUAUCAAAAAGUUAAUACAAGCUUGUAAAGCUAAUGAUAUUACGGAUUUUAUACUGCUGCAUGAAACGCGUGGUAAUCCUGACGGAAUGAUUGUAUGCCAUCUACCCUUUGGACCUACUGCUUAUUUUACUUUAGCAAAUGUUGUGAUGCGGCACGAAGUGCCGGAAUGUGGAACCAUGUCGGAGGAAUAUCCCCAUCUUAUAUUCGAUGGUCUUAAUUCAGCUCUGGGACGUAGGUUGACCACAAUAUUAAAACAUUUGUUUCCUGUACCGAAGAUUGAUAGUCGACGAAUCGUUACUUUUAGCAACACUCAGGAUUUCAUUAGUUUCCGGCAUCAUACGUACAGUAAAGAUGAGCAUGGUGAAAUAAAACUGAAGGAAAUUGGUCCGCGGUUCGAAAUGAGGCCUUAUUUAAUCAAAAUGGGUACAAUUGACAACGCUGAUGCCGAAAGUACUGAGUGGGCGUUACGGUCAUAUACCAAUUCAGCCAGAAAGAGACCUCUUAUGCUAUCAGUACCAGACGAUGACGAGUAAUGGGAAAUGUUGUUUACUGAUUCACUGUGUUUAUUAAUAUUUAUAUCAUAUAUUUUAUUGUCGUUAAUUUGUUAACUGUUGCAUAUUUUAUAAGCAUAAAAAUAAUUUCG